AUGGCCGCUGCUGCCGCUGUUCAGAUGGCUUCCUUAGGAGAUCCCUCCUCGGGCGCCACGGACGCCAACAAGCCCAGCAUAUCAUCGUCCUCGCCCUAUCACUAUCCCACCGAUUUGCCGCAUCCGAUUCUCGAAGAAGAUGAUGAGACCGAGAGCGAAGUCGCAAAUGAGCCAGUGACUCCCGCGAGCGGUCGCCAGUCGCAGGAUUUUCAGGCUCUUUCAGCUCAUGAUGUGCAAGUCGACGCUGCCCACGACCAACUUGCCGCUGACUCGAGUUCUGCCACUCCCUUUCCCUCUCUACAGUCGGAUCUCACCACUACCGCAAAGCCACCUUUUGUCUUGGACACCAUAACGACGCCUGCUUCCAACGUCGUGAAAACUCCAACCCCUCAGCAGUCAACUUCCACAGCUGCCGUGCCGACCCCUGACCAAGAAGCGACCACCCCUGCACCUCCUUCGAGACGUCCGACCUUCGGCUCGUCGGGUAAUUUUCGACGUACUUUCUCCGCGCUGCUGAAAAGGGUUGGCAACCAACCAGACAAGAGUGCUACCGGUGUGUCGGAUGCUGUUCCAGGCUUAAACCUAUCCGAGACUGUGCCGCGAAAAGGACACAUUCGUCGAUGGUCGAUGAAUAGGAGUUCUGCCACUACUCGUUCCAAUUCUCCUCCCUCACCUGACUCCCCGCUUGAAAUGGCGAUUAAGACCAGGGAACAAGCCUCCACUCCGACUGUCCCCAGCUCUGAGGCUUUCUUCAGCAAGAAGUCCCGAGCUCUGACUGGCUUUUCGUUGCGUUCCCGUCCUAUCUUUAACAACAACGCAAACACAGCCCCGCGACCGCAAAAUUUUCAGCUCAGGCGGCGUGCAAACAGUUUUGAUUAUUCCAAAGAAGAACAACCUGUGGUUGAGUCCGCGGACAAGGCAAUACCCAUGGAGCGGUCCCCUUGGGCACUUCCCGCAGAGACGGGAACCGGUGUCAAAGCUAGGCGCAUGAGCUUGAGCUUGCCAGACGAUUUCACUGUGGAUGUUGUAGAGUUGACAUCAGAGUUCGAGUACCAGCACAAGUUGCUGGGUCGGCAUGGCAAGCAUCUUGGCAAGGGUGCUACUUCCAAGGUAACCCUGAUGGUGUCCAAGAACGGCGGUGAAUUGUACGCUGUUAAGGAGUUCCGGGGCAAGUCGUCAAGCGAAACAAAGGAGGAAUACGAAAAGAAGAUCAAAUCUGAGUAUACGCUGGCCAAGAGCUUACACCAUCCUAAUAUUGUUGACACCAUUCGUCUUUGCAUUGAUCACGGCCGCUGGAACCACGUCAUGGAAUACUGCGAGGACGGCGACUUGUUUACUCUGGUCAACAAAAAAUACCUCAAGGGAGAAGACCGAGAGAAGGACCGUCUUUGCCUUUUUAAGCAGCUGGUCACCGGCAUCCAUUAUCUUCACUCGAACGGCAUUGCUCAUCGUGAUAUCAAGCUCGAGAACUUGCUGAUCACGAAGGAAUGUCGACUAAAAAUCACCGACUUUGGCGUCUCCGAAGUCUUCUCCGGCAUCCACCCGGGCCUUAGGGAAGCAGGCGGGCAGUGCGGCAAGAACAUGGGCGAAGUGCGCCUCUGUGCUCCGGCUAUCUGUGGUAGCAUACCAUACAUUUCUCCCGAGGUCCUUGCGAAGAAGGAGUAUUAUGACCCAAGAGGUCUAGAUGUUUGGAGUGCCGCAGUCGUUAUGAUUCACCUCAUUUUCGGCGGGCCUCUGUGGCAUAGGGCCGAAGUAAACCCCGAGAAUCCCAAGGACACAUACUCCAGCCUGGUUCGUGGCUGGGAGAAGUGGAGCAAAAGCCAUGCCGACACUCCUGAUAUGGUCAUCACCGAGAUGGACUACCCGCAUGUGUGGGUAUUUGACGAGUUUGUGAAGCCUCCGGCCCUUCGCAGGGUGCUUCUGCAGAUGCUCAACCCCGAUCCGAAGAGGAGGAUCACAAUUGCCAAUGUUGUCAACAAUCGAUGGGUCAAGAACAUUGAAUGCUGCUCUCCGGAAACUUACGAUGAGCCAAAUGCUGCGACUAUGAUUGAUGCGUCCAAGAAGUCAUGCCAGACUCGGGCGAACGGCAAGAAAAUCUACUGCCACAACCAUCUGCCGCCUAAGGAAGUCGGCAUGCAUUCACUUGGUCGCAUGCCUGGCAGCUAG